AUGUUUACUCCUUUCAUUGUUGCUCUUGCUCUUUCAGCAGGUGUUCUCGGUGCGCCAGCUCCUGCUGCCGACGCGAAGACUUCCUCGACCACCAAACAUGCAUCUACUUCGACCACCUCCUCCGUGUCGACCGCCGUCCCAUCUUCAACAGUUGAUUCUUCUCUGCCCGUUCCCACUCUCCCUUAUGCGUCGGACGACUUGAACGAGUCGUAUCUUGACAAGUUCCAGAAUGAGCUCCCCGAACCAAUCCGGGGUACCAAAGGCGCGAAGCUCCUCGGUCCCCAGAAUGUUGCGCUCGACCGUCAAAAUCCUGACUUUCUGGCUAGCCCAGGCACGGACAACGGCGCAGUCUCCAACGUCAAGUGGCCAUUCAGCUUGUCCCACAACCGUGUUCAGGAUGGUGGUUGGGCGCGUCAGCAGAACGUCCACGCAAUGCCGAUCGCAACGACGAUGGCUGGUGUGAACAUGCGUCUGAAAGCUGGAGGAAUUCGUGAAUUGCAUUGGCAUAUCACCGCCGAGUGGGCAUAUGUUUUAGCGGGAAGUUGCCGCGUCUCCGUUACCAAUGCCGAUGGCCAGAACUAUGAUGUCGAUGUCUAUCCUGGUGAUCUUUGGUACUUCCCAGCUGGCAUUCCUCACGUGCUUCAAGGCCUCAACGACGUUGCUGAUGGCUGCGAGUUCCUUUUGGUUUUCGAUGAUGGAGAGUUCAGCGAAGACUCCACUUUCUCGGUCACCGACUGGAUGGCUCAUGUCCCCAAGGAGGUCCUAAGCAAGAACUUCAAGGUCAACGCCUCUGCCUUCGAUCAUAUCCCCGACCGUCAACUUUGGAUGCUUCCUAGCGCUGUGCCAACAGGCAGUGCUGCAGACAAGGCCGUAAAGAGUCCACAAGGCGUAUCUACAUUGCCCUACACAUUCGCUGCAAGCAAGGCCAACUCGACCAAGGUUCAAGGUGGAACUGUCAAGGUUGUCGAUUCUCGUACUUUCGAAAUCAGCAAGACUAUUGCAAUGGCAGAAGUCAGCGUUGAAGUGGGAGGAAUUCGGGAACUCCACUGGCACCCAACUCAACCCGAAUGGAGUUAUUUCAUCGAAGGAAACGCGCGUAUUACAGUAUUUGCAGCUCAGGCCAAUGCUCGCACCUUCAACUACCAGGCUGGUGAUAUUGGUUAUGUUCCUCCCUCUUUCGGUCACUACGUUGAGAACAUUGGCAACACCACUCUCAAGUUCCUCGAGAUCUUCAACGCCGACAAAUAUGAGGAUAUCUCGCUGAACCAGUGGCUCGCGCUCACCCCUCCUGACUUGGUCAAGGCUCACUUGCAACUCAGCGAUGACACCAUUAGCAAGCUACAGAAGGUCAAGCCUAUUGUUGUCGGGUCUGGUCUGCUUUAG